AUGGUGCAUCUUCAAACGAUCCCCGCCAAGGAUGAGGUGAACAAGGUGACCGAGGUCCUAAAGAAGGUCAAGCUUCAGCUGGCCAACGAUGACGACUGCUUCACCACCAGCGUCUAUGGCUCGCGUUUCGCUGCCCAGGAGCUGCCACGCCAUGAGAUUCCCGAGGGCGAGAUGCCCAAGGAUGUGGCUUAUCGCAUGAUCAAGGACGAGCUCAGCUUAGACGGCAACCCUAUGCUCAACCUCGCUUCGUUCGUGACGACGUACAUGGAAGAAGAGGCCGAGAAGCUCAUGACCGAGUCCUUCUCCAAGAACUUCAUCGACUACGAAGAGUACCCGCAGUCAGCCGACAUCCAAAACCGCUGCGUGUCCAUGAUCGGCCGCCUCUUCAACGCCCCCGUCGGGGCCGCAGACGGCGUCGGCGCGGUCGGCACCUCCUGUGUGGGCAGCUCCGAGGCCAUCAUGCUGGCCGUGCUAGCCAUGAAGAAACGCUGGAAGAACAAGCGCAAGGCCGAGGGCAAGCCCACCGACUCGCCGAACAUUGUCAUGUCGUCUGCUGUGCAGGUCUGCUGGGAGAAGGCGACGCGGUACUUUGAGAUUGACGAGAAGCUGGUGUACUGCACGGAAGAGCGCUAUGUGAUUGACCCGGAGGAGACGGUCAACUUGGUGGAUGAGAACACAAUUGGUAUUUGUGUCAUCCUUGGGACGACGUACACGGGUGAGUACGAGGAUGUUAAGGCGGUCAAUGACCUGCUGAAGGAGAAGGGGCUUGAUACGCCGAUCCAUGUGGAUGCGGCUAGUGGUGGGUUUGUUGCGCCGUUUGUUGUCCCGGAUCUUGAAUGGGAUUUCAGGCUAGAUCACGUCGUCUCGAUCAAUGUUUCUGGGCACAAGUACGGCCUGGUCUACCCCGGCGUCGGCUGGGUAGUCUGGCGCAGCGCCGAGUACCUCCCGCAAGAGCUCGUCUUCAACAUCAACUACCUCGGCGCCGACCAAGCCUCAUUCACGCUCAACUUCAGCAAGGGCGCCAGCCAAGUAAUUGGCCAAUACUACCAGCUCAUCCGCCUCGGCAAGCACGGAUACCGUGCCAUCAUGAGCAACCUCACCCGCACAGCUGACUACCUCUCCGACUCGCUCGAGGCGCUCGGCUUCAUCAUCAUGUCCAAGAAAUCCGGCGAGGGCCUCCCGCUCGUCGCCUUCCGCCUGCCGCCCUCCGAGGACCGCCAGUACGACGAGUUCGCGCUGGCCCACGCCCUGCGCUCCCGCAGCUGGGUCGUGCCCGCGUAUACCAUGGCGCCACAUACCGAGAACCUCAAGAUGCUGCGCGUGGUGGUGCGUGAGGACUUUAGCAAGAACCGCUGCGACGGGCUGAUCACGGAUAUCAAGCUGUGCCAGAACCUGCUGGAGGAGAUGGACCGGGAGAGCAUUAAGAAGCAGAACGAAUUUAUCCAUAAGCACCACACGGCUAGCGGCAAGGCGACACACAAUCACCCCAAGUACAAGAAGGAGAAGCAUUCUAUCCAGGGCAAGACUGGCAAGACCCACGCUAUCUGCUAA